UCCCGCAUCGAUCGUUCUCCAUCCCCGAACCCUAACCCUAGAUCUCAGAUUAGAGCUCCAUUUCCAGGCAAUGGCGCGGACGAAGCAAACGGCGCGGAAGUCGACCGGGGGGAAGGCGCCGCGGAAGCAGCUGGCGACGAAGGCGGCGCGGAAGUCGGCUCCGGCGACGGGGGGCGUGAAGAAGCCGCACCGGUUCCGGCCGGGGACGGUGGCGCUGCGGGAGAUCCGCAGGUACCAGAAGAGCACGGAGCUGCUGAUCCGGAAGCUCCCGUUCCAGCGCCUCGUCCGCGAGAUCGCGCAGGACUUCAAGACCGAUCUCCGCUUCCAGAGCUCCGCCGUCGCCGCCCUGCAGGAGGCUGCCGAGGCCUACCUCGUCGCCCUCUUCGAGGACACCAACCUCUGCGCCAUCCACGCCAAGCGCGUCACCAUCAUGCCCAAGGAUAUUCAGCUUGCGCGCAGGAUCCGCGGCGAGAGGGCGUGACAACAGAACGGUCGGGGCGUACGAUUCUUUUGGGAUCGUCACAGCAUAUUCGCUUGGGCCUAGAGUCACAUGUCCCGCGCUCUCCCACCAAAAGAAUCGUGGAAUCAAACUCUUGCGUUUCGG